UAUUCGAUUUCAAAAAUCCGAAUACUAUGGUGAAACCUAUCAUUCAUUUCAUAUUCGCUCUUACUAUUGCAUCUUAUUUAUUGUUGAUAUCUGAAGCGUUACCGAGAGGAUGGCCAGAAAUAGGUGAAGGUAUGUGUCGCUGUCCUGGUGACAGAGAUCCUGACUGCCACUGUCUUCCUCCGGCCGAAGAUUAUCAAGUUCGUACUACUACUACUCCAGCGAUUAGUCCUCCAAUAGAACUUACUAAGCGCUGCAAUAGAAACUCUGAUUGUAAUGGAGUAUGCCCUCAAACGUGCAAAUACAAAGUGUGUAUUUCCGAUCAUGCAAGUCAUUACGCUACAUGUCAUUGUUAUAUAUGUUGAUUAAUGCAAAUUCGCCGGAUGUAUGAUUAAUUAAUUGAAGAAUAAAUUGUCGUGCUUAUA